AAUAGAGAUUUCGCAAUCGCUGUCCUCCUCGUCCAUGUUGUUCUAAACAAAAACAGAUAGACACAGAACAAACUCCCGGUUUCUCCGGUUUCGUUCUGUACUUUUAACGGAUGGUCGAGUCCUGAAGGUUCCGUGAAGGCUCCAUCGAGUUGAAGAAUCUUCUGCUUCCUGUUUUCCUCCCGCACACCUGAGGAGAACUCAGAGAUCAGCACCUGAAGGCAACACAUCCCAGAUGAGCCGGCCGUCGCAGGCGAAACUCACCACAACCGAGCACAACAACGGCGUGAGCGUCAUCCAGAGUCAGACCACCACCACCACAUCUGUAGCUGGCCUCCAGCGGGUCCCCAAGCUCCUCCCCUCGGCCGUGGGCGUCCUUAAGGCCCCGCCCCCCAGCAGCGAGAUGAAGAAACCCUCGGCGGAGAAGGACAGCGACGAGUACCGGCAGCGUCGCGAGCGCAACAACCUGGCGGUGAAGAAGAGCCGCAUGCGCAGCAAGCAGAAGGCGAUGGACACGCAGCAGCGCGUCAACGAGCUCAAGGAGGAGAACGAGCGGCUGGAGGCCAAAAUCAAACUUCUGAGCAAAGAGCUGAGCGUGCUCAAAGACCUCUUCCUGGAGCACGCCCACAACCUGGCCGACAACGUGCAGCCGCCCGCCGGCAACGGCAACGCCGGGGGCUCAAGCCCCGCCCAUAACCCCAACGACACCUCCGCCAACGGGCAGUGAGGGGGGGAGGGGGGGAGGGGGAGCCACAGGGGACAUUUUGAUUAUGCUGCUUUUUUUUUUUUUCUGUCACAUCUUCACUUUUGUUCAUUUAAUCCUCUCUUCUGGCGAAAUGUUUCCCACAGAUUUAUUUUUUAUUUUCUGACAUAUCGGUCAAAUCUAUUAAUAUAAUUUAUUGAUUUCAGUCUUUGGUAUUUGAUGUGAGACAGAAAGCUGAACUCUGAUCCGACAGACCAAAGGAUUGAACACGUCGAUGAUCGGAGGACGUCUGGAGGAACCAGAACUCUUUGUCCUCUACAGUCUGGAUGGUUCUUCUUUUUAUACAUGCGUGUUUCUGUUGUAACGUCUAGAACCGAUCACUUUACUUUAACAGUCCGUAUUUAUACAGAAAAACACAAAUCUAUUAUCAACUGAUCAAUCUAUCAGUUAUUGGAACUCACCUUCACCUCCUAAAGUCCUCAAACACUCAGAGAUAAAUGAUCUCAAUCAACAUAUCUGAUGAUCACGUUAAACAUCACUCAUUCAUCUUUUAGUGAUUAGAGUGAAAUAUUAUUAAUAACAAAGAGAAGCUGCAACAUGUUUGAACGUUUUUAUUCAUUAUUGAUUAAAUGAUAUCGACUCUGUUUCUACAAAUAAUCCAGUUUAGAGGUGUGUGUGUGUGUGUGUGUGUGUGUGUGUGUGUGUGUG